AUGUCCGCAAACACCCCUGCCACCUGUAGACAGGCUCGGUCGCCCACUGUCGACUCCCAAAGGCUCAAGAAGAGGGAGUCUGACCGCAAGGCCCAGCGCGUCUCGCGCGAGAGGACCAAGAGUCGCAUUGCAUAUCUCGAGGACCUUGUACAGAAGCUGAGUAGCGGAGAUGAUCACGAUAAAACCUUGUCCUUGAUGGCUCAGCUGUCCGAGGUGACCAAACAGCGUGACUCCCUGGUUCGCUUUCUCGAUUCUACGUCUCUGUCCUUUACUAGGCGCCUCUCCGAAGCUAAAAAGUGGGAGAGUAGCACUACACCCCAAGAACAACCUCAAGAAAAGCAAACAAGCGUGUCGGGUUCUGUCUGCAGGGAAUCUCCGGCAUUGCUGCCGGACUUGCUGGAGACACCUCCGGCUGGCAAUGAGCUUAGUUUGUUUUCGCCCGACUUCACCGGGAUCCUCCCGGGUGAUAUGGCAUUGGAAGGCGGUCAGGCCUGUAUGAAUCUUGACUCUGCAACGUACAGUGCAUCGUAUGGUCACGCCGCCGAUGAGAAGACUUCAGCAACGUCGUCGCCCUGCGAUUGCACUUCUUCAGAGACAAGGCGCCUCUCGGACGGUUCGGUAGUCAGCCGUAAUAUAUGGCAAGCGGGCAAUCAGGUCUUGAAAGGACCCCCUGGUAACCUAUCAACCUCGAUGCUUGAUUUAGAGUACGAAGCUAGCGAAGACAUUCCAGUACGCGUUGUACUUUAUGGUUGGGACCAUCUGGAGAAAUCAGGGAGGAUGACACCACUUUGGAGGAGGAUUCGGCACCUCGAUGAGAUUUGCUUUUCUGCUUGCGGCCAGGUCGAGCGUCUUGCCGUGAUCCACAUGGUUCACCGGUACAUGCGCGCCUACGCUAACCCAACAUCGGCCAAUAUCAGUACCAUUCUACCACGAUGGUAUAUGAAAUCUACGUCAUCACAGGAUGUCUCUGGCCAUCCAGCUGUUGACUACUUUGCCUGGCCGUCUUUUCGGCAGCAAUUUUCGCGAUACCCGCAUCGAUACUGUAGCAACUUGUUCUGGCACAUGUUCAAAGAACAUCUUCGUAUCACUUGGCCAUACGAGUUCCGCGAUGUGUAUUCCCUCAACGUAGGGCUGGGCAGGUAUGGCCUUUCAUCCUUAUUCAGGGAUACGAUCUCCAAUCUCGGCUGCUGGACCAUGCAUUCCGAUUUCUUCUAUCAUUUUCCUGCACUCGUACAUGACGUGCCCAAGUCUCCGCAAACCAGUUUGCCUGUCACAGUUCAUCCUUUGCCCCUUCAGACCAACUCAUUAGGUUACCUAUCUCGAAGCCGAACUCCAUCUCAUGACCACAGCAGGUUCACGGAGGGCACGAUCUCUGUCCCUUCACAAGGUGGCGAGGAUGAUCAAAGGUGGAGCUACGAUGCUACUGUUGGGGAGUAUAACUGGGAUUUGGAUAACAUUUAA